GAAAUCCAAGCCCUGCAAUCUUCGUACCGCUAACUUUGUACCUGGAUCAAGCACUCAUGUCAAUUGCAGUUUCGGCGCCAGGGAAGGUCCUCCUCGCAGGAGGUUACCUUGUCCUCGACAAGAACUAUUCUGGCCUAGUGUUCGGCCUAACCGCCAGGAUUCAUACAAUCUCCACAAUCUCGGCUUCGGAGGCCGGGACAAUAGUUGUCAGGUCCCCUCAAUUUUCAAAUGCGACAUGGACGUAUACAGCAUCUCCCUCCAAGAACGGGGCAUCUGUGGAGCAAGUUACAGAUAAAGAGUAUCUUCCCUUGCCAAACUUUCAAUCCAAUUGGGGCUAAUUUCCAGCUAGCUCUUCCGACAACACUUUCAUCGAGACCGCCAUCCGCUACGUGCUCUCAUACCUCUCCUUGUCCAAGAUACCCAGUAGCGAGAUCGCAAUCCUAGCAGACAACGACUACUACUCCCAGCCGGCCUCUACCACUCCACCCCAGCGUUUCAACAAUCUGAACGUCCCUCUCUCCGCCGCGCACAAAACUGGCCUUGGCUCUUCUGCAGCGCUAGUCACCUCCCUAACGGCCUGCCUCCUCCAAAUGUACUCUCCCACACCCUUCCAACUCUCCGUCUCCUCCAACUUGACAAAAAUUCACAACCUCUCACAAGCGGCCCACUGCGCAGCCCAAGGCAAAGUUGGGAGCGGCUUCGACGUAGCAGCAGCAGUCUUCGGCUCGUGCGUGUACCGCCGCUUCUCCCCGUCGAUUCUGCAAUCACUCCCGGAAGCAAACACAGUCGGGUUCUCCCAAGAAUUGAGAGAAGCUGUAGAUAGGAACUGGGAUAUGGGAAUUGAGAAGACAGAGAUUCCAAAGGGCAUGAGGGUAAUUAUGGGAGAUGUUGACUGUGGAAGCUCCACUCCUGGAAUGGUCAAGAAGGUCCUCACCUGGCGGGAGAGUGAGAAGGAGGCUGCAGGAGAGCAAUGGGAUGAACUCGAGAGGGUAAACCGUAAACUUAUUAGUUUACUUGCGCAGUUGAGUGAGGGCAGUCACGAUAGCGUCAGAAGGCAGAUCCUGGAUAUUAGGAAGAAUCUUCGUGCCAUGGGAGGGGCAGCGGACGUGCCUAUUGAACCGGAGGAGCAGACGAAGCUACUGGACGCAGUAUCUACGGAUGUCCCCGGGGUGCUUGGCGGCGUGGUUCCUGGCGCUGGUGGAUAUGAUGCUGUUGCUUUCAUAAUCAAGGACGAUGAGGAGACGGUUACAGCUCUGAAGGAAUUUCUGGCAAAAUGGGACCACGGGAAAGUCAAGGCCCUCGAAACCCGAGAGGAGCAGGAGGGCGUUAGGGUGGAGCAGGUGAAACAGUACGAGGGGUUUGGGAGCUACUUGAAGCUGACUUAAUCAGCAAUCCUGGUGUCAUAACACAUGUAGAAGGAGUUUGUUAGAUACUGUAUGAUACCGGUAGCAUGCCCUUAGCGACUUCCCCAGGAA